AAAAUUUUAACAAUAUUCUAUUUCUAGUGUAAAAAAAAACAACCAUGAACAAGAAUCAGUUGAAAUACGAUGCCGCUGAGGACUACCCCAAUUUCACGGGGCACAAAAGUCUGUUGGCUAAGUACCUCACCUUAGACAUGUACAAAAAGCUGAGGGAUGUUACAACAUCAAGUGGAUAUACUAUCGACAAAGCUAUCCAGAAUGGAGUCGACAACUCCGAUUUCCAUCUUGGUCUUCUGGCCGGUGACGAGGAGACUUAUUCUGUCUUUGGUGAUCUCUUUGAUCCCGUAAUUGAGGAAUACCACAACGGAUUCAAGAAAACGGACAACCAUAUUACCGACUUGGACCCCAGCAAGCUGACCGGACCAGAUGAACUCGACCCUAAAUACGUUAUCAGCUCCCGUAUCCGUACUGGUCGUAACAUCCAGGGUUACUGUCUCUCUCCAUUCGUCUGCCGAUCCGAACGACGAAGGAUCGAGAAGACCGUUGUCGAUGCUCUUAAUGCUCUGGGGGGCGAGUUCAAAGGAAAGUACUAUUCCCUACUGACCUUGAAUGAGAAGGACCAGCAGCAGCUUAUUGAUGACCACUUCCUCUUCGACAGACCAGUAUCUCGGCACUUCACCAGCGGCGGCAUGGCCCGAGACUUUCCUGAUGGUCGUGGAAUCUGGCACAAUGAUGUCAAGAAUUUCCUUGUCUGGAUCAACGAGGAAGACCACACGAGAAUCAUCUCCAUGGAGAUGGGUGGUAACAUGAAGAGGGUUUUCAAGCGUUUCUGCACUGGCCUAACCGAAGUCGAGAAACACAUCAAAUCGAAGGGCACAGGCUUUAUGUGGAACAAGCACUUGGGCUUCAUCUUGACCUGCCCAUCCAACUUGGGUACAGGUGUACGAUGCAGUGUUCACGUGAAGGUACCAUGUCUGGCAAAAGACAGCCGAUUCGAAUCCAUCUGUACAAAGAUGAGGUUGCAGAAACGUGGAACAAGCGGAGAAUUCACAGAGUCUGUUGGAGGCGUGUACGAUAUUUCCAACCUGGAUCGUCUGGGUAGCUCAGAGGUACAGCAAGUACAAUGUGUCAUUAACGGCGUCCAGACGAUUAUCGACAUGGAGAAGAAAUUGGAGAAGGGAGAAUCUAUUGAUGACCUCAUCCCCAAGUAAACGUUUCAUGGCGACAGACGCUCGCGUCUACCAGAGUACUUAUGUGACGUAACCUCCACCUAUAUUUUACGUUAAUGAUGUUGAACAUUGUAUCUAUGAAAUAUGAAAUGUUUAAAUUUUUCACUGCAAACCAACUUCACAAGACAGAAUCACGGAUGUAAAUGAUGUUUAAUAUAAUUUGAGAUAAUUCAAUAAAAUAUUAUAAAACAGAGCAGCGGAUUUGCCCGACGUGGAAAGUGGGGGUGGUCGGGCAACGCUCAAAAUCUUUGGAAAGUGGUCCAGGGGCGAAACCUCUGAAAAGAAUAUGAAAAUUUAGGGGAUUCAAAGACUAUUUUAAUCGAUUUUAGAGAUUACUACUGGUAAUUUGUAGAAAACACAAUCAAUAUUUUUCCCCUCGACAAAUUGUGAAUUUUUUCUCACCGAAGGGGCCCUGAUUUGAAACAGAAAAUUGAAGCACAACCACAAGGACCCCCAUGGACUGAAAAACAAGAAUUUCUAUAAAGGUAUCUAGAGCAGUCGUGUAAAUUUGACAAAAUCUUUUCGAGGUUUAAAAAAAAAAUUAAUAUGUAUGAUUGAAGUGUAGUGUGCGUGUGUGUGCAAUAUUAAUCACAAUUAUUGUAAUGUCCAUACAUAAUAUGGGAGGGACUACUCUGAUAGCAUUGUGCCCCGAAUCAGUGUAAUUAAACGCCGAUUGAUCCGUGCAAACAAUUGUGUGACAAAAGUUGCGAAUAAUGAUAUACCUCCGCAUGAAGCGUAGGCUACAUAAUAAUCUCAUGUUGAUGAUAGUAUGUCCAAAGAAGGAGGUACAAUCAAAGAAUGUUGGCACAAUCUAAAUACUGUGUUGGUAGGAGACGUAAUGCACUCUCCUCAUCCAGCCUACUGGAUUCUUUUUUUGUUACAUGUUACCACUGUAGAGUCAGCAAUAAAACACUAGUCUUAGAA